UCAUCAUCAUGUGCAUGUUUCAUAGUAUUUGAUAAAAAGGAAGCUUCUUGAGGAGGACCCAGGCGAUUAUAAACUGGUUCUUACAAAUUAAAGGUUUCUUCUUUCUCAGUUCAUCAAAUCCCUGAAAGCUCAGAUCAUAUGCAAUGGGAGAAGGCAAGACUCAGUUGAUUCAAGAUCAGUGGUUUCUAUAUGGGAAUAAUAGUUUCAAGAAUCACCAAGAUCAUCAUGAGACAUCAUCAUCAUCCACUUCAUCAUCAUUCAUAGGAGAGAAUUCCUCAUCAUUAUCAUCAUCAUCAUCAACAAUUUGUUCUCUGGACACCACAGAUGAUGCAUCUUCUUCAUCUUCACCUGAUCCUUCCUUCAAUGGAUCCUUAUAUGACCUCUCAUCUCUCAUGUCCCAAUUACCCAUCAAGAGGGGGCUGUCUAAAUUCUAUAAUGGGAAAUCAGAAUCCUUCACAUCUUUGUCAAGGGUGAGCAGCAUAGAAGAGCUGGCAAAGAAAGAAACGCCAUUGAAGAGAAAAAUGAAGGCUUGCAAGAGCUAUGGGGCUGGGUUGGAUGCCUACAAAUCAUACACUUCUCCUAAGCCAAUUAUCACAAAGAAACCCUCAUCCAAGAUCUCAUUUUCAUCUUCUCAAAGUAGAAGAGGGAGUUUCACCAGCAGGAGCACUAGACCCCCUCUCAUUCCUGUGCAGGAGAACAACCUAGGAUGCUAAUAAACUUUAAUUUCUUGUAUGUUCUUUAUAGAGAGAGAGAGAAACAAGGGUCUUAUUAAAUUUUCAUAUUCUUACAUAUAGAAGAGAUGUGUAUAGUUGAAUUUUGUUACUUCUAUAACAACAUAUGGAAGAGUUUAAUUUGAUUUGUUUAAUGUUUCUAUGA